GGGCCGGGCUGGGCCGGGCCAUGGGCAGCGUGCGCUGGGCCUUUCCCUGCGGCUCCUGGCGGCCCCGCCGCCGCGAGUGGCUGCUGGCCGCGAGGCUGGUGCAGCCCGAGGAGAAGGAGCGCAUCGGCCAGUUUGUCUUUGCCCGCGAUGCCAAAGCCGCCUUGGCUGGUCGCCUGCUAAUGCGAAAAUUAAUUUCAGAAGAGCUGUGCAUACCUUGGAAUGAAGUACACUUACAAAGGACAUCAAAAGGAAAACCUUUCCUGGCCAAUAACUUACUCGGUAUCAAUUCAAAUUACAACUUCAAUGUUUCUCAUCAAGGAGAUUAUGCAGUCCUUGCAGCUGAACCUGAGCUUCAAGUUGGCAUUGAUAUUAUGAAGACCGAUUUACCAGGUAGUAGCUCAAUUCCAAACUUCUUUCACAUAAUGAAGCGACAGUUUACUGAAACAGAGUGGGAUGUAAUCAAGUCAAUGAGUAAUGAAUGGAUGCAGCUGGAUAUGUUUUAUCGGCACUGGGCCUUAAAAGAAAGCUUCUUAAAGGCCAUUGGAGUUGGAAUUGGCUUUAACUUGCAAAGAAUUGAAUUUAAUGUGUCUCCACUGCAACUGGAAAUAGGGAAGGUGUAUAAGGAGACAAAAAUGCUUCUGGAUGGAGAAAAAGAAGAGGAGUGGACAUUUGAGGAAACCCGUUUGGAUGACCAUCAUCAUGUUGCAGUGGCGCUUGGGAAACAGGAGGGAUUUGUACAGAAGGAUUCUGAGGUCCAUUCCAUGGAGCCUAACCAACCACAAUUUACAUUAUUGACUUUUGAAGAUUUAGUUGCAUCUGGUAUUCCAGUCGCACCAGAGGAUUCUGCAUAUUGGGACAAUUUCUGCUCAAAGCAGGAGUGUCCAGUAAAACAGAGUUCACAUUCAAGAUAAGACUGUGUAUAAGAAAAAGAAACUUGUCAAAGUUCUUAUGCUGUUAUCCUGUUUAAUUUGAAGUAUGGGAAUAAGUGCACAUAUGUAAAUUAAAUGUAUCUUUCCCUAUUUAAGCUGACAACCUAAUUUUCAUGACGCUUCAUUGGAAUUGUAAGGAAGACAUGUUUCCUUACUGAAGGAAUUCUGAAUGAGAAGCCUAAACAAAAAUGCCUUUUUGCAUCUCCUUGCCUGUGGUUCUUGCACUUCAGUAAUUAUCCAGGCUAGGAAAAGAAAGCAUUGUACAGUAAUGUUGUUUAUUAGUGAACAUGUGUUUAGCAUAUAAAAAUGUGUUUCCAUACUUACUUAUGCUGAAGCUUAAAUUAUGAUACUGCUUUUUCUCUUACAAAAAUUAUUCAUUUAUUCUUAGAUGGAUGAAUAAAGUCAAGAAAAUUGGUACAAAUUCUUAUGCUGUUACUGUGUGGUGCAAGUGUUUGUACAAUACUUGGUGUUUGUGUAAUGCCAGGCUGAAAAGGUCUGAGUCUUAGUAGUCUUGGAGCUACAUGUGUGCAAAAAUAGUUUGAGACAGGGAAUCAACUUACAAAUAUUUCAUAGUCUUUUCACUUCUUACCUUUGUUAAUUAAAACUUCCUGUAUGCAGCUUAGAAUUUGUCUUUUAACAGUUCUUUUUUGUGUUUUUUCCCUCAGCGAUAGAUGCAAGCCAAGCAGCAGUUCAAUUUUCCUAGGCUUGCCAUUGGCAUCAGUCAUGGGGGGAAACCCAAAGGAAAAAAGAAAGCUAUUUACUUUUUUUCCAAAUAGUCUUGUAACAGCUGAUGACAGAACAUUUUAAUGCCUAACAGGAAAUUAAGGUUUCUGGAGAUCUGUAGAUCUUGAGCGCACAUCUAGAAUAUUUUGUCGUCUUUCAAAACAAAUCAUGUUUUGUGCCAUUACCUCUCUCUCUUCUUUCUAGAAAUCAUAAAUACAAUGUGGUCCAUCUAAAUUUAAGAAAACAUACUGAACAGAAUGAUCUUUGCACAAAAAAUAAUUACCUUCUGUCCUACAGUUAAACAUAGAUCUUCAUUGAAUUUGAGCUUGUGUACAACUAGGCUGCACCCUGUAUUCUGGUGUACACCAUGAAAAGGAAAAUCUACUUGUACUGUAACUACUGAAUCUAUGCCUUAUUACAAAGAUGAAGAAAAGUUUGCGAGAGAGGAUGAUUUUUACAACUAUUAUACAAACAUUAGGAGUUCUGCUGUAGAUAAUUCCGAAUUCAAACAUGCUGUUAAACUCUCCUGCUUCCAGUGCUGAUGAAUAUUUUUGUUUCCAUUUCUAUGACUCUCAUCCUACAUACUAAUCAUAGUUUUUAGUGUUUUGCUUUUUUUUCCCCUUCCAAAACUACAAAUCAGUGA